CCGGGACACUUUCUCAGGGAAGCACAGAGUCCCCGGAGCUUGUAGCCCGCAGAACGCUUUUUAUAAACCAGGUUACAGAAGAACACGGCUUGAACUAAAGUCUCACUUUAACCCGUGGAGGCUGUGGGGAUGCAGCACAAUCUCCUGGCUGGUAUCGUGUGUGGUUCAGGGCGCUGCCCCUUUAAGGCUUAGGAUUUGGGAGUGACGCGGAUACGAAAGCUAGUUUGUCCCUGUUUCCUUCGCUAUGUAAAAUAUUUGGAAGAACCAAACUAACGAUUGGCACCCCUAAUUAAUUCUUUGAUCAUGAUGCUGAUUUACUGUAUGUGCUGAAAAGAAAAAGCCGGAGCAGGUAGUGUUUACGACCGAUUUCUCACUUUGGAUUUCUACUCGCCAGGGCCGGCCUCCGAGCUGCUGGGAUAACUUUGGAGAAGUUCUUUGUAUUCGGGGUAGUCAGACAGCUUGGCCAGCAGGCUGAACAUGGAUUGGGGCACGGAUCUUUGGGACCAGUGUGACAUCAUUGAGAAGCACACACAGUCUGGCCUGGAGCUGGUAGAGAAGUAUGUGAAAUUUGUGAAGGAGAGGACAGAGAUUGAGCAAAACUAUGCCAAACAACUGAGGAACCUUUCAAAGAAGUAUAACCAAAAGCGAAGCAGCAAAGAUGAGCCAGAAUGCAGGUUCUCCAGCUACCAGGCUUUUUUGGACAUCCUGACUGAGAUGAACGAUUAUGCGGGGCAGAGAGAACUAAUUGCUGAGAACUUGAUGAUGAAUAUUUGCAUUGAUCUUACCAAGUACCUGCAAGAGCUCAAGCAGGAACGAAAGACGUAUCUGAUGGAGGCCAAGAAGGCCCAGCAGAGUUUGGAGAGCACCUACAAGCAGCUUGACAGCAGUAAAAAGCGCUUUGAAAGAGAAUGGAGAGAAGCGGAGCGUGCGGCACAGUAUGCAGAGAAGACCGACCAAGACAUCAACGCCACAAAAGCUGAUGUUGAAAAAGCCAAACAACAGGCUCAUAUGAGAGCGCACAUAGCAGAGGAGUGUAAGAACGACUAUGCUGCUCAGCUCCAGAAAUACAACAAAGAACAGAACCAAUUCUAUUUUAACGACAUGCCUCUCAUUUUCAAUAAAUUGCAGGAUUUGGAUGAGAGGCGAGUACGGAAGCUGGCACAAGGCUACAUCUUGUUCUCAGACACAGAAAAGCAUGUGAUGCCCAUCAUUGGCAAGUGCCUGGAAGGCAUUACUAAAGCCGGAACUAAUGUUAAUGAGAAGAAUGACUCAGUGAUUGUAAUAGAGCAGAAUAAGUCGGGCUUUGAGCGUCCGGGAGAUUUGGAGUUCGAGGACUACAGUCAGGGCAUCAAUCGAGCUUCUUCUGACAGUAGCCUUGGCACACCUAAAGGCCCCAUGGACCUUCUGGGGAAGAACAAGAGCAAAAACUUUUGGCUUUUCAGCAAGCGAAGUAAGCUCUCUUCUCCAAUGCUCGCUCCUUUCUCCACACCCCCUGCCCCUUCACCUAACGGACCCCCUUCCCCCAAGUUUGGCCGGGACCCCCUGUCGUACUGUUUGAAGGAGAUCAAUAAGACAGUCAAACCCAGAAUCUCUUCCUUCCGGACACUCAGGAGAUCGAAGUUUACUCCAGAGAGGACCAUGCCUGCAGUGACAGAGGACUUUGCCCAUCUCCCUCCAGAGCAACGCAGGAAAAGGUUACAACAGAAAUUGGAUGAAAUCUGCAAAGAGCUGCAAAAGGAAGUAGAUCAGAGUGAAGCACUGGGAAAGAUGAAAGAUGUUUAUGAGAAAAAUCCUCAAAUGGGGGACCCUGCUAGUCUGGCAUCCCAAAUCAACCAGACAUCCCAAAAUAUAGAGCGGCUCAGAGGAGAACAGAGCAAAUAUGAGACAUGGCUCGCUGAAGCUGGAGGUCGAGGAGACGCAUUGCGCUACAAAGCUCACUCAUUUAACAAUAAUGGAGCUAAUGAUGUACACAGCCCUGAUGGCGCUUACUCUGAUGAAAGCACUCCUGAUCCUUCCCAAGCUAUUUAUGCUGAGUUUGAUGAUGACUUUGAGGACGAGGAACUAGCUGCUCCUAUUGGAAAAUGCACGGCCAUGUACAACUUCCCCGGUGCCAGUGAAGGCACCAUCGCUAUGCAGGAAGGGGAGGUGCUGGCUGUGGUGGAGGAGGACAAAGGGGAUGGUUGGACCCGUGUCCGUAGGAGCAACGGAGAUGAAGGCUACAUACCUACAUCUUAUGUUACCAUCACUCUAAAUAAGUGAUAGGCACACGGAGAGCAAGAGAAAAACACAUUAACAUUAAAAAAAACAAAAAAAAACAAACAAAAAAAACUAUGCAGUUCUUCCUAAUGGACUGAACACGAAGAAGAAGACAGCACUAAUGGACAGGACUACCAGUGUAUCCAGAAAGAUCCAGAUGAGGUGUUUUGACUUUCUGAAAGAGGCGCACCAUGUAAGAAGAGGAAUGGUGCUAACCGUGUGCUCCUCAUCGCGUGAAUGCCAUGUUUGUAACCCCAGUUACCUAAGCCACCUGAACCACUAAGCCAUUUUCCUUUCAAAUCUUGCAUCACUAUAUAUGGUUUUUGAAAUCCUUUUCAUGCACCAUUAUGGUACAACUGCUUGUCUCAUUUCAAAGCCUAAUGAGGCAUUAGGUUCUGAGUGUGAGAGGAAGAAGUGGAGGAGGAGGAGUAGGUUGAGUGCUGCUGCCAUCUUUACACUGGGUGUUAACACCAGUAAUGCGUAAGAGGAAAUUGCGUCUUCUGUUUACCUUUUCGAUUAAAACCUGACCUGCUUUGGCCCAAUGGCAGUCCGCUGCUGAAACUAGAAUAUAGCACCCGUUUCAGUUUUUAUUUGCCUCAAGUGCACCACUCUCUAGCUUUUGAUAGUACUUGAGUGUCACCAGGAAGUAAAUUUCAUUUGUGGGUGAAUGCCUUACUUUUGGUUUUUAGCAGCGUGUAGGACCGAAAGGUGAGGACAGCUCUCCCAUCAUAGCUAAAUCACACUCAAACAACCAUACAGACACUUUAAUGUUCAGACAAUCACACAUAUCAUUCACACUUAAGUACAUUUCAGACUUUUAGCAGUAAUAAGGAUAUGCAGGAGCUGCUCUUUUUUUUUUUUUUUUAAUGGCUACAUCCUGAAAAUUUAGAGAAAAAUAAUUUAUUGCAGAUGUGCAUUAAUAACAUGUUCAUGUUUGAAAGAAGUUGUACUUUGUAUUAAGGAUCUUGUCACGUUCUUCUUCUCCGCUUGCACACAUAGUGGACAGUUUGUAGCCACAAAAGGGAGUAAAUAAAAUGUGUUUCAUUAAGACUAUUGUAUUUAUGUAAUAAGUAAUAUAUAUUUUAGCUAUUGCAACACCACUAUUGUCUUAUUAGCAUUUUUAACAAGUCAAAUAAAAAUUCUUACUUUGUGAGGAAAAAAAAAAUUAAAAGUUCAUUUUAUGGCCAACAAUGUUACAGUUUUUCACACUUUAAGUUGUCAUUCCAUGUCUGUUCUUUAUGUUGUCAUGGAACCAGCUAGAAGCAUUACUUGUUCAAGUAACUGCUCAUUUGUCUUUGGUGCCUUUCUGGUUAAAAGCAAUGUGUAUAUACCAUUUUUUUGCAUAUAAAAUAUUUUCUUUUUUUCAAGACUUAAUAAAUGUUAAGCACAUUUCAGAAUUUGAUGUGGUUAUGUCAUUUCUGGACUUUGAGAAAUAAAUAUUUAAAACGAA